UCUACUUUCUCCAUCCAUCUAUCCUCCAUAAACAAAAACAAUUUAUUAUGCUCUGACCAGCUGUAAUUUCCUUCAUCAAGAUCACACCUUUCCAUCUUUUCUUCAAUCUCUCCACAAAACCCACAAAUCUUUUUCAAUAAAAUCAUCAAAUCAAUAUACAAAUUUUUGAUUUUUAUAACAUAUAUAUAAAAAAAAAAACCAAGAUUCAAGAAAAUGGAUACAAGCAGAAGAGCAGUGGAAUCAUAUUGGAGAUCAAAGAUGAUAGAUGUAGCAACUUCAGAUGAAGAUAAUAAAGUAACCCCUGUUUAUAAAUUAGAAGAAAUUUGUGAUCUUCUUCGGAAUUCACAUGUUUCCAUUGUUAAAGAAAUUUCUGAGUUUCUAUUUAAGCGUCUUCAACAUAAGUCUCCUGUUGUUAAACAAAAGGCUUUAAGAGUAAUCAAGUAUGCAGUAGGGAAGUCUGGUGCAGAUUUUAGGAAAGAAAUGCAAAGGAACUCAGUGGCCAUUCGUCAGCUAAUUCACCAUAAGGGACAUCCAGAUCCUUUAAAGGGAGAUGCUCUUAAUAAAGCUGUAAGGGAAACCGCCCAAGAAGCUUUAUCUGCUAUAUUUUCUGGUGAAGACACCAGUAAACCACCACCAAAAGAAGGUUUAACUCAGAGAAUACAAGGGUUUGGAAAUACCAACUUUGACUCUUCAUCUGGUGAUAAUAAUAAGUCGUUUCUUAGUGAGGUGGUUGGUAUUGGAAGUGCUACGAUUAAGCAGGGAUUAAAUAGUUUGACCCAAGGUCAAACCUCAAGUAAGAGCAACACGUCAACUUACAGGAGCCCAAACCUGAGAAGAUCAUUGACUAAUGAAACCAGUUACACCGGUAACAAUGAACGAUUGUCAGCAGAUGUGUCUGGACCUUGGGGCCAAGAGAGUAAAACAGGUCAGACAGAUAAUACAAGUGGGGGCGCUGGUGCUGGAUCAAGUUCAAGUUACUCACGUGAAAAGAGUCGUGAGGAGAGGUUGCUAGAGACAAUUGUAACAUCUGGUGGCAUGCGUUUACAGCCCACUCGAGAUGCUCUUCAAGUGUUCUUGACCGAGGCCUCAAAAUUGGAUGCCUUAGCUUUAAGUCAUGCUCUUGAAACAAAGCUUCAAUCACAUAUGUGGCAGGUUUGUGUGAGAGGAUUGUGCGUGCUUGAGGCUAUCUUGAGGAAAAAAGAUGAUGAACAAUUUCUCGUGGUUGCUUCUUACUUUUCUGAGAAUAUAGAUGCUGUUAUAAAAUGCUCUGAAUCUCCCCAAGCUUCUGUGAGGGAGAAGGCAAAUAAGGUGUUGAGCCUUCUAGAUGGAGAGCAAAAUGGUGGCAGGAUGAGUCAGCCAGUCAAAGUUUUGAAAACUGUAGAGCCCGUAGUUCAGAUGCCCAACUUAAUUGAUACCAACGAUCCAGAUGAAAAUGAACACGAAAACCAUAUCAGAACGAGUGAUAGUAUUGCUGCCUCACUUAUGGAUGAUUUCUUUGGUGAGGCUGAUGUGGACAACAACCAACCUGCAAAUAAUGAUGACCCCUUCGCUGAUGUUUCCUUUCAUGGUCAAACUCAAAACAAUAAAGAGGAACAUGAAUCAACUGAUCUCUUUUCGGGAAUGGCUACUGCUGACAAACCAAGCGGAAGUGGACCAGAGCUAUUUGAUAUGUUUGGUUCUAAUGACAACAUGAAUGACUUGAUGGCUGGUUUGUCUGUAAAUGGAAAUGACUCGUCACUGUUUCAAAAUGGAGCUUCUCAAACAGGAUCGCUUGAAUCAAUAUUUUCAGAUUCUACAGCGAUUGCAAAACCACAAACGAAUGAUGAAUUGAAUAAAAUGCUUCAGUUUCAGGCACCUGGGAUAACUCAAAAUCCAAUGUUACCUAUGGAUCCCAAUGCAUAUAAUGCUAUAUCUUCAGGGAUGAUGUUUAAUCCUAUGGCAUUUGCUUCUCAACCUAUCAACUAUGCUGCCAUGAGUAACUUUUUAGCCCAGCAGCAGUUUUUGUCCACAAUGAGUAACUUACAACAGGCAGGCAACUUGCAGUCCCAAAAUAUUGGUACAUCAAGUAACUCUUCGGCUUUUCCCGAUAUUUUUAAUCCAGUCAUUGGAAAUCAAGCUCCUACUUCAACAAUGAAUGGUUCAAAGAAAGACGACACUAAAGCCUUUGAUUUCAUAUCAGAUCAUCUUGCUGCAAGUCGUCGAAUAGGGUAAUUUGAAAAUUUUUAUCAUGUUUCAAUUGAGCUUAGUUUGUUAUUCUGGGGAAGUAUAUAUUCUCUUACAGCUAUACCAUGUAUCCUGUAACUGCGCGUUGACGACCGAGUUGAGUAGAUAUAAUUGUCAAUUCAGAGUCAAAGGCCCAGAUUUCCAUAUGUGAAGAACGUAGUCAUCGUGAUAGAGGAUUCAAGAGCAAGCAAUUUACAGCUAUCUCAAGUAUGUCUUGUGAACAACUCAAAUACAUUUUCUUAUUUUCUGAAUUCAGAUAUGUAUGAAAGAGUCGAAUGUGUUCUGUUUUAGCGCAUUACUUCAUAAAUGUGACCGAUUGUGGAAAAAGCAUUUGCAUGAAAGAAUUUGGGGCAUGAUUUUGAUAUUAGUUUUUGAAGGGAUGUUUAGGCUUUGGAGGUAUUUGAUAAACUGAUUCCAACUAUGGUCAUGAUUUUAUUUUAUUUUAUUUUUUCUUUUUUUCACAA